UUCCGGUGUUGUGACUGCGGGGCCGUAAACAUGGCGGUGAGCCUCCGCGCCCGCUCGCUGAGGCACCUCCGCAUUCGAGGUCGCAACGACAGCGGCGAGGAGAACGUCCCCCUCGAUCUCAGCCGAGAACCCUGUGAUAAUAUGAGAGAGAUUCUUCAAAAUGUGGCCAAGUUACAAGGCGUAUCAAAUAUGAGGAAACUAGGUCACUUGAACAACUUUACUAAGCUUCUUUGUAAUACUGGCCAUGCUGAAGAAAAGCUAGGUUUUACAUACGACAGGAUCAUAAUAUGCUUGCGGUUAGCUUUACUAAAUGAAGCAAAAGAGGUGCGAGCAGCAGGAUUGCGAGCCCUUCGCUAUCUCAUUCGAGACUCUAGUAUUCUCCAGAAGGUGCUAAAGUUGAAAGUGGAUUACCUGAUUGCCCGGUGCAUUGACAUACAGCAGAGUAAUGAAGUAGAAAGAACACAAGCACUUCGCUUAGUCCGAAAGAUGAUCACUGUGAAUGCUUCAUUGUUCCCCAGCUCUAUUACUAAUUCUUUGAUAGCAGUUGGAAAUGAUGGUCUUCAAGAAAGAGACAGAAUGGUUCGAGCAUGUAUUGCCAUUAUUUGUGAACUAGCACUUCAGAAUCCCGAGGUGGUGGCUCUUCGGGGUGGCUUAAGUACCAUCCUGAAAAAUGUGAUUGACUGUCAGCUGAGCCGAAUAAAUGAAGCUUUGAUAACUACUGUUUUGCACCUCAUUAAUCAUCCAAAGACCCGUCAGUAUGUGCGAGCAGAUGUAGAGUUAGAGCGAAUUUUAGCUCCUUACACAGAUUUUCACUACAGGCAUAACCCAGACACGGCAGAAGGACAGCUCAAAGAGGACAGAGAAGCACGGUUCCUAGCUAGUAAAAUGGGAAUUGUGGCAGCAUUUCGAUCAUGGGCAGGUAUUAUUAGUCUGUGCAAACCUGGAAAUUCUGGGAUUCAGUCUCUCAUUGGGGUACUUUGUAUACCAAAUAUGGAAAUACGGCGAGGUCUGCUUGAGGUUCUCUAUGACAUUUUUCGUCUUCCUCUCCCUGUUGUUGCAGAAGAAUUUAUUGAGGCACUUCUUAGCGUAGAUCCAAGCAGAUUUCAGGACUGCUGGAGACUGUCUGAUGGCUUUGUAGCUGCUGAAGCUAAAACUAUAUUACCCCAUAGAGCCAGGUCACGGCCUGAUCUCAUGGAUAAUUAUUUGGCUUUAGUGCUUUCAGCUUUUAUUACCAAUGGACUUCUAGAGGGUCUUGUAGAGGUGAUCACCAGUAGUGAUGACCACGUGUCUGUUAGAGCAACUAUCCUUUUGGGAGAACUUCUGCAUAUGGCAAACACGAUUCUCCCUCAUUCUCACAGUCAUCACCUGCACUGCUUACCAACGCUAAUGAAUAUGGCAGCAUCUUUUGACAUCAUGAAAGAGAAGAGAUUACGAGCAAGUGCUGCACUAAACUGCUUAAAACGAUUUCACGAGAUGAAGAAAAGAGGACCUAAACCUUACAGCCUUCAUUUAGAUCAUAUUAUACAGAAAGCAAUCUCAACCCAUCAAAAAAGGGAUCAAUACCGUGUGCAGAAAGACAUUGUUAUUUUAAAGGAUACAGAAGAAGCACUGGUCAUGAAUCUGCGAGACAGCCAGGUUCUUAACCAUAAGGAGAAUCUUGAGUGGAACUGGAAUCUGAUAGGGACCAUACUGAAGUGGCCAAAUGUAAAUCUAAGGAACUAUAAAGAUGAACAAUUGCACAGGUUUGUAAGGAGAUUGUUAUAUUUCUAUAAACCUAGCAGUAAACUUUAUGCCAAUCUGGAUCUGGACUAUGCCAAGGCUAAGCAGCUCACUGUAGUGGGUUGUCAGUUUACUGAAUUUCUUCUUGAAUCAGAAGAGGAUGGACAAGGUUAUCUGGAGGAGCUGGUUAAGGAUAUUGUUAAUUGGCUCAACUCUUCAUCAGGAAUGAAACCUGAACGAAGUCUUCAAAAUAAUGGGCUACUAAAUACCCUUAGUCAACACUAUUUUCUGUUUUUUGGUACUCUUUCUUGUCAUCCUCAUGGAGUCAAAAUGCUUGAAAAAUGUAAUGUGUUUCAGUGUCUUCUUAAUCUUUGUUCUUUGAAGAACCAAGAUCAUUUGUUAAAACUGACUGUUUCUAGUUUGGAUUACAGCAGAGAUGGCUUAGCAAGAGUCAUCCUGUCUAAAAUUCUGACAGCAGCUACGGAUAGCUGCAGGCUGUAUGCAACAAAACACUUACGAGUAUUACUGAGGGCAAAUGUAGAGUUCUUCAGUAACUGGGGGAUUGAGUUACUGGUGACCCAGCUACAUGACAAAAAUAAAACUAUUUCUUCUGAGGCACUUGAUAUUCUAGAUGAGGCAUGUGAAGACAAGGCCAAUCUUCAUGCCCUUAUCCAAAUGAAACCAGCUCUAUCUCACCUUGGAGACAAGGGUUUGCUUCUACUCUUGAGGUUUCUGUCCAUUCCAAAGGGGUUUUCAUAUCUGAAUGAAAGAGGUUACGUAACAAAGCAAAUGGAAAAAUGGCAAAAGGAGUACAACUUAAAGUAUGUUGAGUUGAUUGAAGAACAACUAAAUGAAGCACUUACAACGUAUCGCAAACCUGUUGAUGGUGAUAACUAUGUUCGUAGGAGCAACCAAAGAUUACAGCGACCACAUGUCUACCUGCCAGUUCACCUGUAUGGCCAACUGGUGCACCAUAAAACAGGCUGCCAUUUAUUGGAGUCUCAGAGUAUUGUUACAGAUCUGAGUUACACUGUUCGUUCCCCAAUGCUGGAUAAGUGGGAAGGAAUCAAGCAGCUGAAAGCAGCCCUUUGGGCCUUGGGUAACAUUGGAUCAUCAAACUGGGGUCUUAACUUGCUUCAAGAGGAGAAUGUAAUUCCGGAUAUAAUGGCACUUGCCCAACAUUGUGAGGUUCUCUCCGUUAGAGGAACCUGUGUCUACGUGCUUGGUCUAAUAGCCAAAACUAAACAAGGAUGUGACAUUUUGAAGCAUCAUAACUGGGAUGCAGUAAGACAUAGUCGUAGACAGCCUUGGCCGGUGGUUCCUGAUGACAUGGAGCAGCUCUGCAAUGAACUUUCUUCUAUACCCAGCACUCUUAGCUUAAACUCUGAGUCCACCAGUUCUAGGCAUAACAGUGAAAGCGAAUCUGCACCUUCCAGUAUGUUCAUCAUGGAGGAUGAUCGUUUUGGUAGUACUUCCACUAGUACAUUUUUCCUAGAUAUUACAGAAGAUGGAGAACAAAUAUUUUACGACAGACCUGGGCCUUCAAAGGAGAAAGACCGUAGUCCUUUUCCCUUUUUUUCAUCAAGCAGAAUUGUGAAAAAUCGCAUUCUAAACUCUCUUACUCUACCUAAUAAAAAACACAGAAGUAGCAGUGAUCCAAAAGGAGGAAAGCUGACAUCAUCUGACAGUAAAUCAAGCCUGAGGCGAAAUCGUACCGUAACAGAGCCUUCCUUAGACUUUCCUUCUGGAGAGGAAUUCAACCCUGUUUUCAGAGUUCCAAAAAUUCAGACUUUACCAACAGAAACUUCCAUGUGCUUACUUCCAACAAAAGAGGAUACUGAUAGUACCCCAAGUAUUGGAGAAAAUGAUUUGAAGCUGCCGAAAGGUCUUGGAAAUGAAAUUCACCGAGAAAACACAAGCAGAGAAAGGCUAAUAGGGGAUGGUACUACACAAACACAUUUCAAGAGUCGUAGUUUAAGUUUUAAUACGGAUACAACAACAAGUGGCAUAAGUUCAAUGAGUUCUAGCCCUUCAAGGGAGACUGUAGGUGUGGACAGUACAAAUGUAGACACUGACUGUGGAAGUUUGAGUACUGUGGUAAGCACAAAAACAGUUAAACCUAGUCACUGUUCGACACCACAGUCUAACCAUCUGCCUCUCUCAAAAUCAAACUCUGUGUCUCUGGUACCACCGGGGUCUUCUCAUACACUUCCUCGGAGAGCCCAGUCUCUUAAAGCUCCUUCUCUUGCUACAAUAAAAAGUCUUGCUGACUAUAAUUUCAGCUACACAAGUUCUCGAGAUGCCUUUGGUUAUGCUACACUAAAACGCUUGCAGCAACAGAGGAUGCAUCCUUCACUGUCUCAUUCAGAAGCUUUAGCAUCUCCAGCAAAGGACGUGCUUUUUACUGACACUAUUACCAUGAAGUCUGGCAGCCUGGAUUCUCGGCUAACCCCAAGCCGAUUCAUGAAAGCUUUAAGUUAUGCUUCGUUAGAUAAGGAAGAUUUAUUAAGUCCUAUUAACCAAAACACACUUCAGCGUUCUUCCUCUGUUCGUUCCAUGGUUUCUAAUGCUACGUAUGGAAGCUCUGAUGAUUACAUUGGCCUUGCUCUCCCAGUGGAUAUCAAUGAAAUAUUUCAGGUAAAAGAGACUCCAUAUUUCCAGAAGAAAACUACACCUCCAUUUGAUGACCAUGGAGCAAGAGUUUUUGCACCUGAGGCAGGAGGUCUUCCAUCAGGCACUAGUGACUCUGUCAAAAGUCCUUUUCAGAUGCUCCGACAGCAGAUCAGUCUCACAGAAAUAAUGAAUACCAGCCGUUCAGAUGCCUCUCAGUUUUUAGAAAAUACAGAGGAUACUGGAUUACAGGAACACACAGAUGAGAACUGCCUUUAUUGUGUCUGCAUUCAAGUUUUGGGUUAUCAGCCUAAUAACAAAGUGAACUCUUCAUAUAAUCGUACAGAUUUCUCAGACAUUCCAUAUACUGACUGGUGUGGGCAAACCAUACACAAUCACUUAGAUGUGCAUUCCUCCAAAUUUUCUGGAAUUUCAGGCUGUAGUGAUGCAGUAUCCCACGGUUCAGCCAGCAGCACCAAGAGUACAGAGCUUGUACUAGGAGUAAAAUCAAUCCCAGAUGAUACGCCAGUGUGCAGAAUACUUCUCCGGAAAGAGGUCUUACGUUUAGUAAUCAAUUUGAGUAGUUCAGUGGGAACUAAGGGCCAUGAAACUGGACUCCUGACAAUUAAGGAGAAGUAUCCUCAAGCAUUUGAUGACAUAUGCCUGUAUUCUGAGGUGUCCUACUUGUUAGCACAUUGUACAUUUCGACUCCCAUCCAGAAGGUUCAUUCAGGAGUUGUUUCAAGAUGUGCAGUUCUUACAGAUGCAUGAAGAGGCAGAGGCUAUUUUAGCAACACCAACAAAGCAACCAGUAACUGAUGUAUCAGCUGAAUCCUGACCUCUGUCUCACACAGUUAAUUGCAUACAGGCUUCCUGGAAUUCUCGGACAUCCUUCAAUUGAGCAGAUAAUAAAGUUUGGAGCAUCAUCUUUUAGACUGUUCCAGAAGCUACUGGUACCUGAAGAACGAACUGAAAAACCUUUUCUUCCUCAACCAAUUACUGCCCUAGUCUAUGGAGUCCCUUGGGGAUUUAUUAAAUAUUAUGUAGUUCUAAUAAUAGUAAUUAUCAGUAUAUGCAAGAGCCGAGCACUGAACACCUCCACAAGUUUUCAUUUCAUUUUUUACCUUAAAUUUAAAAAAAAAAAAAAAAAAAAAAAAAAAAAAAAAAGAACAACACACAGAGACACCUAUGAUUGACUUCUAAUUCUGUUCUGGAGAAGCAGAAUUAUGCCUUGCUUUUUUUUUUUUUUUUUUCUUCUUUCUAUUAUAAAACCCCAGGAGUUGGAUGAGGGUGCAUUCCGUUGCCAGCAAUGGGGAGCUGUGCUGUGAUUGUGGACAGCAGGGGAUAAAUGUUAGAUCUUUUCUGUUGAUUUUUGUACUGUUUAUAACACUACUUGGGGAGUUUGUAACUUCAGACAGAAAGAAAAGCCUCUGAAUCUGAGGUUCCUUUAAGUUAUUUUAAUGUUACUGUAGUUGUAAGUCAUUUUAUUAGCAAUCUCUCCAUUUUCAUUACAUUUACAUACAUGUAUCUUAUCUGAACCAUUUAAGGAUUUUCACUACAGUUUGAUUUAAAAAUAGCAAAUCAUUUAAAGUUAAAAUGCUGAAGUCAAAUUGUUUUCCCUGAAUGAUACGCAUGCGUUUGCAGUUUCUAUGCUCAUGCUCAUAUAGUGUGAAUGUUGGUCUUAUUCUUAACUAAAAACCUUUAACAGGCAUGAUUUGUAUCAGAUAAAUGAAUAUUGUGUAAACUAGACUUGAAGACAUUUAAUCAUUGCUGCUUUUGUGAGAAGGCAUAUGAGCGGUUUUCCAAAUUCCAUGAGAACAGCCUUUUAUAAAAACGAAGGUUUGAUUGAGUUUUCAGUGGAUGAGCGGUCAAGCAUCAGACAGUGCUAAUAAUUGUAGUGAAAAGCCUUAAGUACCAAACUUUGAAGCAACAGAACUUAAAAUUUUAUAUUGGUAUUUGAGACUUGUGAAAGUUAUAUGAUACAGUGACUGUUAAUGAGGAAAACACAUGCCUCUAUCAAACUGGUGAAGUUUCUAAAGUAAAAAGUGCAAUCCUAAUGGAGAAGAAAAAUAUAGGAGUCCCAUCACUUUUAUAAUGCAUCUAAAAAGUCAGAAGCCUUCAUACAAGGGUAAUAUAAAUAUAUGCAAAUGUGUAUAUAUACAGUAGCAUGGCCACCUUUGUUAGAAUGACUGUAAUAGAAGGGGUUACCCUUUGAUUUUGAUAUAGGUGAAUAAUUCAGCUGGACUGUACUAAGUAGAACGUAUUUUUAUCCAUUCACUUUUACCAUUUUUAUAAUUAUCAGAUUAAUACUUAAGAUAAGUGAAAUUUAUAAGAUAAGUGAUACUCAUAACCAUAUUCUUACUAGCUAUGCUACUGGAGGUUUCAGUAAGUUGUCUCGUGAGCAGUAGAACAUGAAUCCUAAUGACAUUUUAAAAUUUACUUGUUUUUAUUGAAAACUUCAUCUUGCUGCAUAAGCACUGCUUUGCAGAUAUCACUUCACUGAGUUCUUAUAUGCACUGUGUACCAUCAGGAUCUCAUAAAGCAGAUCUGUAAGUUGCUGCUCAUAGCCAAGUCUAGUUCCUAAGAUUCUUCUCAUGAGUUCCCACUGAAAGAAGGGGCAAAUCUUCAGAUUCAAAUAUUUGGUAGUCAGUGACAGAAAUAAUGUAUCAGUGUCAAGAAAUGUUUUGAAAUAUUCUGAAAACAUACCACACCAGUGAUGGACUUCUCUGGUUGUAAGAAAUCUUCUGUAAAACCAAAAUGCCAACCACAGUAGACCAAAUAGUGGUGUAAACUCCAAAGGAAGUAAUGUAAUUUUCCCAAAAAUGGGGCUGGUGUAUCUUACACAGUAGUUUCAAACACUACCUCAGUUAGGCUAGAGUACAAGAGAUUUGUUUUAGCAACUAGAUGGGGUUACAUCAAACAACUCCAUGUUUUUGUUUUUUUUUUUUUUCAGUUAAAGCAAAAUAAACAAGUUUUAUCACCUGUAUUUAAAUAAAACACACGUGUUCAUUUGUUACCAGCUUAAUACAUAGCACUUAAAGUAGAAAGCGCAAUAGAAAGGCCUCUGAUUAUAGAAAAAGGUAAGCAAAGCAAUGUCAGUAUACUUUUGAAAGAUUUAGAAUCUUAAAUUUCCUAAUAUACUUGCUUGUAAUGGGGAUCCAAGACUACAGAAACUUGAUGUCUGUAUUAUUGCUGCAAAUUUAGUUAAAAUGAUUUUUUUCUAAAAGUGUGUGUGUCAGUAGAUUUCAACAAGUAAGCAUAAAGGUUGUAAAGUCUGUACAUAACAUACAUUUCUAGAAUUAAUUUACAUUAAGCUCAUACUAGUGUUUCGUUUUAAUUGGCAAAUGAAGGGAUACUGAUACCUAGUUAUAAACUGUGAAUUUCUAAUUCUAUCAGUUGCUUUUUUUUAUUGUUUGUUUGUUUUAGAUAUCCCUUUUAAAGUUCUUAUUUUGGGGCUUUAUUUGCAUCAUGAUAAAACUUCAAAAGAAAGCUGUGGUAAAUUAAAAAAAAAAAAAAAAAAAAAAAAA